GUCGGUUUGAAACCGGUGCCACGUACCCAUUCGCUAUCUACAAAAGAGAAAGUGGUCCACAUUUCUUUUGCCUAACAAAUCACAAUGGAUUAUCUCUUUAGGGUUCCCAAUUCAGUAAUUUAGGGCUUUUUCCUCGAGUGAGUUAUUAUUACCAGCUAGCAGAAAAAAUGGAAUUAACAAAGGAAUCGGAGAGGUUGCUCGACAAAAUCCGACCACCGCGUCUCGAAGAUGCAGGCCUCGAAGAUUGUGCUCUGCCACCGGAAUCAAUCAAGGAAGCAUUUCGCAAAGCCGCCACUGCCGUACGAUCUAUGAUUUCCAUAUCGGACGACGAAGACGAUUCCCAAGGCCAGUGUGUGAAGACUCCAUCGCUAAUCGAGGAUUCUACUAAGGAUGCUCUUGUAGGAAUCACGGAGGGUAUUGACGACAUUUCCGAUAAAUGUAUUACGGAGAAGGGCGACUGCGGUGAAUUGCCGGAAGGAACGAGCGAUGUGAUGGUUGUAGAAGGUGCUAAUAAGGAUCCGGAAGACGGCGGAGACUUGAUGGGUGGAUCAUCUCUUCCGGAAGGUGGUCAAUCUUGUGUGGAUGGGCUGCAGGGUUUGGAGAUUGGAGACGGAGGGGGGAAAAUUAAGAAAAAGGAAGACGAAGAAAGUGAGAAGCCAACUCUAGUUGAAGGUUUUGUAUGAGAUAAUUCUAAUUCUUGUUGCAUAUGUUGUAAAUUUCUUUGAAUAAUUGUAGUACUAGUAUUAGACAUGUACUAAAAGAUUGUCUGUGAAGUUUAACUGAUGGAUUUAUGUAUAUUGUAUAAUCAUCUGCCUAAAUUUAUCUAUCUUUGAAGCUA